AUGACAGACGUUGGCAAAGAACACUAUGUCAGAGCCAAAGAGUCGGAUCAAGUCCUCGUUCCCCAGCCUUCCCAAGAUCCUCAUGACCCCCUCAACUGGUCCCCUUUCUGGAAGUUCUCUGCAAUCUUUUGCGUUUCAACCAUGACGUUCACUCAGGGAUUCGCGCCGCUUGCUCUUGCGCCUAUGUUUCCUGACUUGAUUCGUGCUUAUAAUAGUACCCUUGAGGAUGUUAUUCAGUUUACGGGGGUUACCAUCCUUAUUCUUGGGUUUAGUAACUUUUUCUGGGCACCUAUCUCUACUUCCUUUGGUCGUCGACCUGUAUAUCUUGCUUCGCAGGUGAUCUGCCUCGCCUGCCACAUUAUUCGUGCCAAAGCAUCCACCUACGGCAUCUUCAUGGGAGCCUGUGUUCUCAACGGAAUAGGAGCCGGACCCUCUGAGAUCCUCCAACCCGCCGUCAUCGCCGAUAUCUUCUUCCUCCACGACCGCGGAACAUGGAACGCGCUAUACUGGGUUGUCUAUAUGGGCUCACUCAUGGUUGCGCCAAUCAUCGCUGGUCCAAUGGCAGACCGCACUGGAUGGCAGAACUUCUGGUGGCUUAAUGUCGCUGUCACUGCGCUGUCAAUCGUCCUCGGUAUUUUCGGCUUUCCUGAGACCAAGUGGGCGCGCAUCGACUCGAUUGAGGCUGAGCGUGGAGUCAAUGAGCCUGUUGAUACAACUCAGGACAAACCUUCGCAUUCCCAUGGUGAUAUGGAGAAGACUGUUGGAACGCCUGAACAAACCCAAGGUGAACCUGCUGCAGACGCGCAUUUGGGUAAAGGAACCCCUUCAAAGUUGCAGUGGCGACUGUUCCAGCCUAACUCAGCCCCUCUCCAAAAUAUUCUUCUGGAUAUCUGGACCCCAUGGAGACUCUUCGCCUAUCCUAUCGUACUUUUUGCUUCUUUCGUGGUCAGCUGGAGUUGCAGUAACUUCCUGAUUCUCAACCUCACCCAGUCUCAGGUGUUUGCAGCUCCUCCAUACAACAUGAGCUCUCAAUCCAUCGGAUUCCUCAACUUCUCUAUCCUCGUCGGUGCCUUGAUCGGACUCGUCACAGCAGGCCCCUUCAGUGAUUGGGUUUCCGCAAAAGCAACAACACGAAACGGCGGUAUUCGAGAACCAGAGAUGCGUCUACCAGCGAUGAUUCCCUACAUCAUCGUCAUGAUCUUCGGCAAUGUAAUUACCUCGAUCGGGUACGAAAGGCAUUGGCCGUGGCCAGUCAUUGCCGUCCUGGGCUACUCAUCAGCUGGCAUCCAAGUUGCUGCCCUUCCUAGUAUCGCUAGUACAUACGCAGUGGAUUGCUACAAGCCAGUCACCGGAUCACUGUUCGUUGCUAUUACGGUCAACAAGAGUCUUUGGGGUUAUGGUAUGGGCAAGUUCGUCACCCCAUGGACCAUCAAGUCAGGAUUCAUCCCUGUUUUCAUGACCAACAUGGGACUUACAGUUCUCUGGUGCGGCUUGGGGGCAGUCUUCUAUUUCUAUGGCAAGACAUUCAGAAGAUGGACAAAGGACAGCAAUGUUCACGGUUUUUAA